AUGGCGUUGAUUACACGUUUCGAUGAUCUACCCGAUUUAGUAUUAAUCGAAUUCUUUUCAUAUUUAUCAUCUAUUGAUGUUCUCUGGGUAUUUGCUCGUCUUAAUCAUCGUUUGACAAUGUUAAUAACUGAACGAGGUUUCUUUUAUCAUAUUAAUUUAUCACUUGCACGUCGUCAUCAGUUUAAUACAAUUCUUCGUUGUCUUCCUUUGAAAGAUAUUCAGUCACUUAGAAUUGAUAGUGAUGCAUCUCCGCUUCAAUUAACUUGUUGGCCUUAUUUGCCUCAUUUGAAAAUUCUGAGUAUCAUUGGUGCAUAUAAUCAUAAUGAUCUUUUAUUGUUUAUUUCACUUCAUGCAGCCACACUCACGCAUCUUAUCAUCAAAUCAAACGAAAGACUGAUACCGGAUGGUUUCUCGUUCAAAUUAGAAUAUCCGACAGGUGACCUGAUGAUGUUAAUAAAAAAUAUUUUUCUUAUUCCUUUACAUUCACUUCGAUCUCUCGAUUUUGGCAUGAACUAUUACGGAACAUGUUGGCCCAUUACUACUUCAAUACUUUCUCUUAUCUAUCUACGUCUUGCUCUGCCAUGUAUGAAUACUUUUGUUCGUCUUAUAUCGACAGAGCCCCUCUACGACACAUUACGUCAAUUACACGUAAAAGUAGGUAAUAGUUACUGCAACAGUCGUUCUUCUGUAUCAGUGUCUAAUCUAUCGAUUCGAAUGGCUAAUUUACAUACGUUUACUCUUGUUCAAACAUUUUUCUCGAAGUUAAGAAUUGAAUGGACACUUUUCGAAAUUUUAACAUCUUCAAAAGUUAUGCCUGUUCUUCGACGUGCUAAUGUGUCUAUUUUUAUUAAUAUUAAUGAUAUAAAUCGUAUUAGUUCGUCACCACUUUUUACUGAUCAUCGUCAUGUUGACAUUCAUUUCGCUUUUAAUCUUAUCAAUUGUCCUCAGUACAUCAAAGUGAAACAAUAUAUUCCACGUGGUAAUCGUUUUCAUUCACGAGAAAUAGUCGGUGCAACAUUCGUUGUCAAGUAUUUCUCUGACAGAUCAAAAUGGGUCAUUGAUGGCGAUCCUUUUAAUCGUGGUCAUCAAUAUCAUCAUCAUAUGUGGUAUACUCUUCCGUGGGCAUUUGAUGAAUUCUUUCACGAAUAUCUUCCAGAUAGAUGCAUCAUGGAAACACAACUGUUUGAAAUUCCUUCUCAAACAAUGAUAACAAUUAAUCAAUCAUGCCUUCGUACAUUAGAUGCAUCAGGUCAAAUGUUAUCGUCACCAAUUUGCUUUUUGCCAUAUGUGGCAUUAUCCGAUUGUAUUGAAACAUUCCACUUCUCCUAUUAUAAUACAUGUAUUCCUAUAUAUUUAUCUGCUCUUCGCAAUAUAACUCUUGCGAAUAGUACCAAUUGUUUGAAUUACUGUCGUUCGUUUCCACCAACUAUUCGUUCUAUUCGUAUUUUAUUAUUUUAUACUUAUCCUAAUUAUGCGCCACCAAAUUGGUCAGUGGUUUUACAUUCACUUUCGCAUUUGCCACAACGGAGUUCGCUACGUAUAUUUAUGUAUGAUUUACCAAAAACUGUCGAUGAUAGAAGUUGUCAAAUAAUCGCAGAGAUAGCAUAUUUAUUCAGCGAUUUCGGUUUUUGCUUUCGACGGAAAUUCGAAUUUCCAGAUGAUAACUUAGAUCCUGUGUUUAACGACCAUACAAAAUUUAUUAAACAGUUAGGGCAUUGUAUACUUCUAUUGUCUCUUGAUGAAGAACCUUAUUAUUCAAUUGAAGAUGAUGGUUGUGGACUCACAGUGUGGUUGUAA